AGUCAUGAUGCUAUUGGCUGCAGGCUAUUGGUCAAUGUUCUCUUUGCUCCUUUUCUCAAUGUUUUCAACUGAUUAACAUCAAAUCUGCUCUGUAUAAUCCUAUAUGACGUUGUUAAUCCAUCACAGGUCACACUACAAAUUAUUGCAGCCGUCUGUUCUGCACCUCACUCAGUUCUGUUGGCUAGAGCAGCACCGCAUUGUGUCAGAACGUUGCACUGAGCAUCUGAAGCAAUGGCUGUUGUUAGUGGAACAUUCCGGAUGGUGUCCGAGGAGGAGCAGGCCCUCAGGGCUAAACUGGAGCACCUCACGGUCAAAGAUCACGGGCCGGUGUUCGGACCUUGCGCCCAAAUACCUGACCACACGGUGCAGAAGGCUAAAGAUGAGCUAAACGAGACCGAUGAGAAGCGAGUGUCAGCUGUAAAGGAGCUCAGAGGUAUUAUCAAAGAGAAGGCGGAUUCUGGAGACAACCUUGCUAAAGGUGUUCAGGACACUUUUGGGGACAACCCCGAUAGUGUGCUGGUGAGGUUCAUCCGUGCUAGGAAAUAUGAAGUAAACCGGGCCUAUGAACUCAUGAAGGGUUAUGUGCGCUUCAGGCGGGAUUACCCUGAACUCUUUGAAAACUUGACCCCAGAGGCUGUCCGCAGCACCAUUGAGGCCGGUUACCCAGGGAUCCUGUCCAGCAGAGAUAAAUAUGGCCGUGUGGUGCUGCUCUUCAACAUUGAGAACUGGGAUUAUGAGGAGAUCACUUUUGAUGAGAUCCUCAGAGCCUAUUGCGUGAUCCUGGAGAAGCUUCUGGAAAAUGAAGAGACUCAGAUCAACGGGUUUUGCAUCAUUGAAAACUUUAAGGGUUUCACCAUGCAGCAGGCCUCUGGAAUCAAGCCCACAGAGCUGAAGAAAAUGGUGGACAUGUUGCAGGAUUCUUUCCCUGCGCGUUUCAAAGCAGUGCACUUUAUCCACCAGCCCUGGUACUUCACCACCACCUACAAUGUGGUCAAACCCCUGAUGAAGAGCAAACUGUUGGAAAGGGUGUUUGUCCACGGUGAUGAGCUGGAGAACUAUUUCAAGGAGUUUGAUGCUGAAAUCCUGCCUUCAGACUUCAAUGGGAAAGGCCCCAAAUAUGACGGAAAGGCCACAGCAACACAACUCUUUGACUGAGCACUUUUAAUCUGUCACCGUACAAGGAUGCAACAGUAUGUUCAUUUAGUUGUAAUGUAUUACAGAAUGAUCGAACGUGUUUUUGUUUUUUUCUGACAGUGAACCCAGCAGCAUAGAGACAUUCCCAUACCAAACCACCAGCCUCACUGGAAAAGUUUCCAGAUUUCAUUGAAAAGGAAAGAAACAGAUAUGAUCAGUGAAUUAAAAUUCUCUUUGACUACUGGAGUGACAUUCCUCACUAAUCAUGGGCAGGUCCCCAUUUUCAGAUUUACCCCAAAAUAUAGAUAUUCUUUUGGAACAGAUGGCAGAUGACAAGUCCAGACAUUUCUGUUGUUUCUCUUGUUAAGAAAGAAUGGAAAAUUACUCAACCUGUCAAUGUUUAAAACAUAAUUAUAAGAAUCUAUGAUGUUUUGAAUGGAUAACUUUCUAUCGAAAGUUAAACUGAGUGCAUACAUUUCCAUUAUAACAAUUACUGUUUUACUAAAUAUAGUGCACAAUGACAACUUUUCAAAAAUUAAAAUGACAACUUUGCCAUGUAUUUCCUGUAA